CACAAGUUCAGUCCAUUCAUUGAAUUGUGAAAGCACAGACGGCGAGAUACACUGAUAUCUACGUAAUACGUAAUCACAUGUUUACUUUGAAAACCCAAUUAGCUAUGUUCAUCACAGCGACGAUGACUUUAUUUCGAAAAUCGCCCCAUGACGAUUACUGGGUUGAUAACAGAUUAUAACAAAGAAAACACAUUAGAAUCUACAAUUUAGAAUGGUAGUGUUGGAUACGUCUUGAACUUGACCUGUGUACCUAUUGUAAUCAUAACCAGCUAGUGUCAACUAAAAAAAUGGAGUUCGCCCUGGGAGGCGCGGCAGCCAUGUGCGCUGGGUUCUUCACAAACCCUUUGGAAGUAUUGAAGAUUCGUAUGCAACUACAGGGUGAACUGCAGGCUAAAGGACAACACGUGGUGCACUACAGGAAUGUCCUGCAUGCAGGAUAUGUGGUAGCUAAGAAUGAUGGGGUGCUAGCUUUACAGAAAGGGCUUACGCCUGCUUUGUGGGUGCAGUUGAUCAUGAAUGGGAUGAGAUUGGGUACGUUCCAGUUCUGUGAUAAUAGAGGUUAUAUACGAGACAAAGAUGGAAAUAUUGUAUUUGCGCAAAGCGCCUUGUGCACAGGGUUUGGUGGAGUUUUGGGACAGUUUUUCGCCAGUCCUUUGUUUCUAGUGAAGACUCAGUUACAGUCCCAGGCGACUGACACGAUCGCUGUGGGACACCAACAUAGACACAGAGGCUUAUGGGAUGCUCUGAAGAGGAUAUAUGGUGGACACGGAGUGAGAGGCUUAUUCCGAGGAGCGUCAGCCUCUAUACCAAGAGCGUUCUUCGGCUCUAUCUCUCAGCUUAUAUCAUUCGAAUACGUGAAACAGUAUUUGUACAAAUACGAUCACUUCAAAGACAAAAGACUGCUGACGUCAUUUCUUGGUGCCAUGGUAGGAGGCGUUGCUGUUAGUAUCACUAUGACGCCGUUUGAUCUCAUCUUAACUAGACUGUACAAUCAACCGACUGAUGAGAGAGGCAAGGGAAGACUUUAUAGAGGUUAUGUAGAUUGCGUUAUCAAAAUCUAUAGAAGAGAGGGCCUAGCUGCCUUUUAUAAAGGCUUUGGUCCGAUGUAUCUUAGGUUAGGACCACAUACGAUAUUAUGCCUAGUAUUCUGGGAUCAGUUUAAGGCUUUGGAGAAUAAAUACUUUCAUUAAUA